AUCCCUGACAACCGAAGUCACGGUCAUUUGCACGGUGGUCCUGGAGUCCUAACUCUCACAUCCUCUUGAAGUGAAGGACGAUAGACAUGCUAAAUAGAGCACGAUGAUACGACAGAAACGACCGACUUUUACUUCUGCAGAGCUGGAGCUGCAGCUCGCCCAGAUCACGCUUGAUCCGACGUCGUCUACGGCUGAAAAUCUCGAAGCUAUAGCACCACUGAUCAAGUCUGUCCAAGAUACGGACUCGGAGCAGAUAUAUCUGAGAAGCUUGGACACAUUUGUAGAGGAGAAGGAGAAGGAAAUUCAACAGAUAUGCGAGGGCAAUUACGAGGAUUUUGUAUCGUCCGUAUCAACACUUUUGACAAUUCGUCAAGGAACAGGCCAGAUAAAGAGGCGUAUAGGGGAGCUUGAUGGGCAGAUGGGAGAUGUUGGCAGGUCCUUGGGCGAAAAGAAACGCGCACUGUUGGAGCAGAAGAAGGUGGCUCGGAAUAUGGAUGAUGCUAUAGAAACCCUGCAGACAUGCCUACGACUCUUGGAUCUGGUUCACAGAGUCGGGGAGAUGAUCCGUGAGGGCAAAUAUUGGGGAGCGUUGAGGAUGCUUGAUGAUCUCCUGCUGGUUCCCCCCCAAUCCAUCUCUCAGACUCCGUUCUACACCCACUUGUCCUCUUCCCUGCCAUCCCUUCGAGUCGCUAUCAAAGAUGCCGUCACAGCUUCCACGAAAUCUUGGCUAUUUGAAGUUCGAGAAUCUGGUGCACGAGUCGGCAAAUUGGCUCUGGAGCACAUGAGCUCGAGGAUAAAGCGAUGGAGGACGAAGAGGGAGAAAGAAGGCGGUGUCAAGCUCGCUCGUGUGGGCGGAGCGUUGGAAAUGGUGUACAACGAGAGAUUAGAGUUCGACGCACUGAAUAAUGAGACUGUCAAGAUGGACUUCAAGCCACUGUUCCAGUGUAUGCACAUAUACGAGGCGCUAGGGGUCAAGUCAGAGUUACAGAAGAACUAUCAGGAGGACAGAAAGACCCAAGCCAACCUCAUUCUCUCCUCGCGGACGUCCGUCACGCCAGCCAAUCUUGUCAACAUCCUCCCGACCUUGAUGCAAGAACUGGUCGGAUUCUUCAUCAUCGAACAUCACGUCUUGGAGACGUCUCCGGACUUCCGGACACGGCUUGAUGUCGAUGAGCUCUGGGAUGAGAUGUGUAAACGGAUAGUCGACAUCAUGGGUCAAGGUCUGAAGGGAUGUGAGGAGCCUGAGGUGUUCUUGGGAUGCAAGGGGAAUGUCUUGCUAUUCGUUCAGACUCUGGAGGGCUAUGGGUAUGAGGUGGACGCAUUGAAUGGUCUCUUGAUCACGCUCUUCGAGCGAUACUCCGAGCUUCUGCUACGCAAAUUCAGCAUAGACUUUGAUCAAAUCGUCACGGAGGACGACAAUCAGCCAAUGAUGGUGAACGAUCAGAUGGAGUUCGAUCAACUCUCAAGUGUCUGCUGGCUUGCGACUGGAGAGGCAGAAUCUCUGGCAACGCAGAGCUUCCCUCAGUCCAUGCCGUUCUCUCAGACGUAUCCCAUGUGCUGUAUCAACAUUCGUAAUUUUGUCGAUCAAUUCUAUCAAUUCACGGACGGAGUAGACCAACAGCACGUCAACAUUGACGAGGUCUUGCGCAAGUCUCUCGAUGAUCUCUUGACAGAUCAUGUCAGCGCACAGAUAAUCAAACGACUCACGGCGAUGUCGAAUCUUUCGCAGAUUGCCCAGAUCGUCGUCAACAUCGAACACUUUGCGACGGCGUGUGACGAGCUCGAGACGGUGCUCAUGGGCCUGAGAGCUACACAGCGAGGCGGUCCUGUCAAACUGAAAUCGUCCGAGUCUUUCAAGUCUGCCCUCACAACCGCCGAGUCGCGAAUCGACUCCGUAAUUGCUUCCAAGCUAGAUUCCUUCUUCGAACUCGCCGAGUACGACUGGCUGCCAGCAAGACCGCAAUCGACCGCCGGGGAGCCCAGUACCUACGUCUUUGAAAUGAUCACUUUCCUGACUGCUUAUGUGGACUCGGUCCUGCUCGGUUUGAACGAGUCAAUUAAGACAAGAGCAUAUAAGAGUGCGCUUUCGAGGAUCAACAAUUGGUUGAUGGGUCUUCUGUGUGGCCAAACUGUACCUAGAUACAACGAGUCUGCUCUCGCCAGCAUAAUGGGCGAUGUGUCCUUCAUCGAGAUUGAAAUUAAGCGUUUAGACCGGAAAGAGCUGGAUUCUGUGUUCGAUGAGGUCAAACAGACCAUCAACAUUAUCCUCUCGGACGCUGUAUCGGGCUAUCUGGAGCCUUCUAUCCGGUCCAUCUCUUACUCCGCCGUAAAGCCCGCCAGGCUCAGUACGAUCUUAUUGAAGCUCUCAAGGGGAUUCGGCACCUCAAAUACGACUCAAGCACAGAUGAGAGCGGAGAAGAGGCGCAAAGAAGCGGACGAGGUCGGAAGGUUGACAAGAUGAGUCGUCACAGCGGGGAUCUGUAUCUAGGUUGUAAAUAUUAUAGACACAUCCCGGUCUCGGGUAUGUCAAAAAUCAUUCACGUCAUU